CCCUGCGCUCAGUCAGUGCGAGUGUAGCUGUGAGUGAGGUGCAUCAUAAUUAUACCGUAUAAUUUUCAGAACAACAACUUAAUCAUUCAAUAACAGAGGCUUUCAACAACGAAUUUCUAAAUACUAACAUUGUUCAUAGUGACAGCUAUUGAAGUGAAUCACUCUGUUUCGCGUUCCGUCUUUCAUCUGUUCGACGUUCAGCCUAGACGUAACUUCCGGCGCUGAAAGUGACGCAUUUCUUACGUCAGUUGUAGUACUGCCUGUCCACCCCAUGUGUAUGAAACUUUAAGAUGCUGAUCAAGGAAUACCGUGUCACACUCCCUCUUACUGUUGAGGAGUAUCAAGUUGCGCAAUUAUAUUCGGUAGCAGAGGCAAGUAAAAACGAAACAGGUGGUGGUGAGGGAAUUGAGGUGCUAAAGAAUGAACCAUUUGAUGACCAUCCGCUACUAGGAGGAAAAUAUAGCAAAGGACAAUACACCUACAAGAUAUACCACUUAGCAAGUAAAGUUCCAGCCUUUAUAAGGCUACUUGCACCAAAGGGCUCUCUAGAAAUUCAUGAAGAGGCAUGGAAUGCUUAUCCUUAUUGCAAAACAGUCAUAUCUAAUCCUGGCUACAUGAAAGAAAAUUUCAUCAUUGUUAUAGAAUCAUUACAUUUAGGAGACACAGGACACCAGAAUAACGUGCAUGAACUACCCCCAGAAAAACUGAAAAUGAGGGAAAUAGUUCAUAUAGAUAUUGCCAAUGACCCAGUAUCCAGCAAUGAUUACAAAGCAGAUGAGGACCCCACGACAUUCAAGAGCCAGAAGACAGGCAGAGGUCCCCUCACUGGGCAGUGGAUGGACAAGGUAAAUCCUGUGAUGACAUGUUACAAGCUAGUCACUGUAGAGUUCAAAUGGUUUGGUCUACAGACACGGAUAGAGAAUUUCAUACAGAAAUCAGAGAGACGAUUGUUCACCAACUUCCAUAGGCAAGUUUUCUGUUGGAUGGAUCGCUGGCACGGUCUAACGAUGGAAGAUAUACGAGCCAUAGAAGAAAAAACUAAAGAAGAAUUAGAUCGGCAACGUAAUGUUGGGGAAGUCAGGGGAAUGAAGGCAGAAUCAGACUGAAGGGUGUCCAGGGAGUACUACAUAGUCAAGAACUUGGAGAAAAUUAAAGAGAAAAUCAUCUGCUACAUUUCAGUAAAUGUUGAAUUAAUUUGAAUUAUUAGAUAUGUCUUUGUGUAAAGUAAGAUUUUUAUAUACAGCAAUGUAUCAGUUUUAUAUCUUCAUGUGGUACAUUGUUCGAAAGAAGAAAGUAUUUUUUGUUCCUUAAAACAGUCUUAUCAGCUUCACAUUUGUAACAUUUUGACAGAUUGUUUUAUUUAUUUUUAUAUGAUAGAAAAUGUAAAAUGCAGUUGUUGUAUGCAUUCUGUUUACUUCAAUGAAAUUCUGUUUUUAAAGUUGUUAUCGGGUUCAAUAGGCAGUGACUUUGUACUUCUAUUGGAAGUAUCAUUGUAAUGUGUAACUGCCCAUGUUGCGUCCUCUUCCAGCACAAACAGAAAGAAUAAGCAAAAAUAUGUUUCCUGAUUCUCUCCAUUUAAUGUUGUGAUUUUCAUGUAUUUGGCUAUCAGUUAGAAUGCUGCAGAUGAUAAGAUCCUGCAUAUUUUUCUUGUACAGUUACUGCCAACUGCUAUGUGUCAUUGAUUCAAUGAGAGUUGUCCCUGAUUUUAGUGAUGUAGCUCCAAAAAUGACUACUUAAUAAAAGUAUAGAUUGGUGUUUAACUACUGAAAGGGAAUUGUAUAAAAGUGUUACUUCUCUUUCAUGUUAUAAUGUAAAAUCAAGUUGCAUGCUACCAAAAACAAAAGAAAUCAUACAGAUGUACUGUGUUAGAAAUAGAAGUCAUAGUUCAGUUUAAAAAAAAGAAUAUAUGUGAUUGAACUGUUGCACAGGUAGCUGACGAAAAGAUGUUUGUUGAUGGUUAUUUGGAGUAACAGGUUUUUAAGAAAGAUUUAAAAUAAAACUGGUACAAUAAGUCAAUCUAUUGAUGUUUAGCAAGUGCUGUUUGGAAACUGUUGACAUUUUAAAUGCCAUGAGAAUAAAUUUUUCAUUAUAGAUAAAUAAUCCUCACAUCACCAUCAGUUUUUCUCUCUUUUGUUGCCGUGUGUAUUUAAAGACAUUGUUAGAUUUAAUCAUUCCAUUAUUCUUAUGACACUGGAUUUGUGGUCAGUAUGAACUUUAUUGAUGUGCUUAUAUUCAUACAACAGUGGAAAAUGAAUGUUCAGAGUCUCUUGGAAAAUGGAAAUAUGUGUGGGAUCACUUGCCUUUAAAGUCAGAACCUAUGUAUUUGUUGUGGAAGUGGCCAGUUUUAAUUUCUGUGGGAAGAUGGGUGAUUGUAGACAGUAGAAUUCAGAGAACAUGUGGCUUUUGAAACAAGGUGACAAUAUUCCACAGCACAACGAAACCUGGUUUCCUUUUUAUGUAUAAACAUUUACGUUGUGUUCGUAAUGUUCAGUUUUUGUGAGAAAUGUGAACAUGCCUCUUCCUCUGUCUGUAGCAGAGCUUUCCAUGUCGUUUCUUUUAAUUUGUGAAGCAGAAUCUUCUUGAAUAACUACUAUGUAAAGUAACACAUUAGAGUAAAAUAGAUCAUUUGAUUGUGCUUUUAAGGUGGAAGAUUUGUUACCAGUCAUUGUGAUUGUCAUGAAAAAUGCAGCAUGAAAGUUUCACUUUGUUUGCUUAGUCAUUCUUGAACUUGAGAAAUCCUCAGUAUUGAAUACCACAUUUGCUGGAAAAUUACUUAGUGGUGUAGAAAUUAGCUUGCAACAGUGCAUCUCAGUAAUUUUUUCAGCUUCAACUCGUGUAAAUUACAGAAAUGUGUAGGCAUUUUUGUGUAUGAGUAAGAAUGCAUUGUUCACAGUGUUAGAAAUUUUGUGGAGCGUAUGCUUUCUUCCUGAUGGUGUGUGAAAGUGAAUGUGGUGAGCAAAUGUUUAUGAAAGCAAGCUCAUUAAAUGUCACUGUUUUGAAUUGAUGUAGAAAUGUUGUGAUGUAAAUAACAAAAUGAAAAACAAAUAUUGCCACUUUAUUUAGAAGUGGACUCAUUCAGAAGGAUGAAUCUUAGUAUUAUGUAUAAAUUGAGAGUUCAUCAGAAAUGCAUAUUAGGAAUGAUUUUUUCUGUGAAAGUAAACUGCAGAUUUUUAAAAUG